GCGAGGCGUGGAAGGUUGUAGUGUGGAGGGGGGGGAGAGCUGUGAGUGAUUGCUGCAGGGUGACACCCUCAUUCAUCACUAUUCUUCUCCGCUCCAUUCUCUGCCCAUGCUGGAGAGAGGCGUUCACACGCCAACCUGAGGAUUAUUAUUAUAACUAUAACGUUGCUGUCCUCAUUUUCUUCUUGGAGGGGAAGUAACAUUUGGGAUUUAUCUCAUCUCUCUUUAUAUUUUAAUUUGUAAAAACCAUAAGGGUGAUCGUUUGGAUUUACAUGGCGAGGAAAGUAUGUGAGUUAAAAAAAGUGUCGCACCCCAGAUCCCUCCUUCUUUUUGCCUCCUCCCAUCGCAUGCAGCAACAGCAACACGGACCCUGAGCUAGCUGCACUGACAAGGACUCGCUGCUCUGCCUGUCUGAUCGCCCUGCACCCGUGUACGGACUCUGCUUGUUACCUGUAACCAGACCUACAGCGACAGCCGUGUGGCUACCUACCGCGGGAAGUGGGCUCUCUGGAUGGAUUACCCUGUGAUGAGACUCUGGCUGUCACUGCUGCACUCUGGAUUCGCUGUUUAGCUGCUUUUUUGGAUGGAGGGUUUGAGCUGGUGGGAUAUGACACGCCUCAUGUCCCAUGCACAGUAACCGUAGGACUGCACUGCAUGGCUUUGACUCUGGUGUCUGCUUGCACACAGGUCUUCAGAUGCAUGCCAAGUUCACUUUGAAUGCUAGAAGUCGAGAUCACUACAGAUGGAGCUACCAAUUCAACAUGGCCCUAGCGGUUCAUUAAUUGUGAUUCAGCAGCCUUCUUUAGACAGCAGGCAAAGGUUGGAAUAUGAGAGGGAAGUUCAACCAACUGCUAUUUUAUCCCUGGACCAGAUCAAAGCGAUUCGGGGCAGGAAUGAGUACACAGAAGGUCCAUCCAUGGUGAGGAAGCAUGGACCCAAGAUUGUACCAAGGCACACUAAGCAGGAGAGGACUCAUGAGAUUAUACCAAUUAAUGUGAAUAAUAACAAUGAGCACAGACCUAUUCACCUGGCUCACACUGGGCACCUAUAUAAUGGGCGGGCUCCUGUGCUGAGCAGGUCUACUAGCACUGGAAGUGCAGCAAGCUCCGGAAGCACAAAUAGUGGCUCCUCUGAGCAAGAACUUCUGGGACAGUCACCACCACCAAGACCAGGCUUGGGACACCGGAUGGAUAGGAUAGUUCGAAUGCAGCCCAAGGCUUCAUCUUUGAUUGUAGAUGAUCUUAAGAGCUCUGUGAAAAUUGACUCCUCUCAGCACAGAUUCAUUUGUGAACAGUGUGGGAAGUGCAAGUGUGCAGACUGCACUGCUCCGAGGACCCUGCCAUCAUGUUUGGCCUGCAACCACCAAUGUUUGUGCUCAGCUGAGAGCAUGGUGGAGUAUGGCACUUGCAUGUGUCUGGUCAAAGGAUUUUUCUAUCACUGUUCAAAUGACGAUGAGGGGGACUCGUGUGCGGAUAACCCUUGUUCCUGUACCCAGUCACAUUGCUGCUCCAGAUACCUGUGCAUGGGAAUAAUGUCAAUUUUCCUGCCGUGUUUGCUUUGCUACCCUCCUGCUAAAGGAUGCCUAAAACUCUGCCGAGGAUGUUACGACAGAGUUAAGCGCCCUGGUUGCCGAUGUAAAAACUCAAAUACUGUGUAUUGCAAACUGGACGAUAUUCCCCGGGGCCAGGGCAAGCCUUCCUGACUUUGAAUGAGGGAGCCUUCGUCUCUGCCUUAUGGACUAUUUGCUGUGUUUGGUCACACAUACAGAUCCUUUUUUUCCCCCAUCCCACUAAAUACCUCCUUUUCCUUGUUUUAUAAGGGUUCCAAUUUCUUCUUUACCAGAAUCCCAGUAUAAUCAGUAGAGCUAACGUGUUGCUUAGGCGUUUUUCACGUUAAUACAAUCUAUUGUGGUUGGCUGAAAGGAUAAACAUGCCUUACACCUUAAGUGGUUUUCUUUGUGCCUAAUUUCUGACUUAGCCUAACUUUACCCAUUCCCUCCCCCCAUUUUUGUUUUUUGUUUUUUACCCUUUCAGAAAUAUAAUACAACCUCCUCUCCCCCUCCUCCCCCCCCCACUCUAUUACCUGAAAAACUACUAACUAAUCCUUUUACAAAGACUGGCCUAAAGGAAGAUCUGAACAUCCAGCAGAGACCUACAAUUACCCCAUAAUAAAUACCCUUGUAGCUCUUCUAUGUCCUUGAUGCCAGUUUUCGGUGAAGGAAUUGGUCAGUAAUCCCCUUUUCUCUAGCCUACUUCCCCUCCUACAACUAUUCUCAUGUAUUAUUCAUUUUUUUUUUGUACAUAUUUUUUUUUUUUUUUUUUUACUUUAAAUGUAUUAUAUAGGCAGAGGCACUUCUCUGUUGAAGGACUUUUUCCCUCCCCUCAAGUUUUCAUUUCUUCUUCUUUUUUUUUUUUUUCAGUUGCCAGAAAAAAUAGUAGCCUUAAAGAAAUAAGCUCUUUCACCCUAGACACACGAAGAGUUUUUUGUGUUUCUACGUGGUGACUUUUUUUUUUCCUUGUAUGUGUUUUAAUUGCCUUAGCCACAACCUGGCAUUUUGUAUAUUAUAUGUAUAAAAUCACAAAGUUGAAUAUUGACUAUUUUUAAAACAAAGGUCUGUUUAAAACUUUUUUUAUUGUAAAAAAAAAAUAUUUAUUAUGUGAAUCUAUUAUUUUAUGAUAUUUAUUACAAAGGACAGUUGAAAAUUUACUUGUCUGAAUAUAACAGUAUCAAUACUUACUGAAAAAAUAAGGGUGACACAAAGUACAUAUCUAACUAUAAUGCGGAAAAUAUAAUAAUUAAUGAAUGUGUCUGUUAUUUCUUUAUUUUCAGUCAAUAUUCACACAGAUAUGGCCUGUUCCACAUUGUAGCAUAUAUUUCAAAAUGAAUUUUUUAAUUUAAUUAAAAUGUAUUUUAACUUUUA